GUCUGCUGUGUAAAUUGGAAGUACGUGGGGUCCGUGUGAGAAUUACCCCAUUUUACUUGCGCCUGGAAGUGCCUUUGAACUUUUUUUGUUAGUGUGGAACCAAUGUUAGUGAUCGCUACAGGGCAGCUGUGACGAAGGGCCCACAGCAGCAAACCCGUGCUGUGAAAUCGGUCAGUGAGGGGAGAUCCUCGUUGUGAUGGCGGAGGGAGCGCACCUCCCCUCGCUAGACACACGUUACCGCCAUCGCUCUCGUCUUGCUCAUUUACACCAGGCACUUGCCAUCACAGCCGUCAUGGAGGAUUCCAUUGGACUGUAUAUAGCCAAUAUCUCUGCGGCCACAGACCAUCGCCGAAUUAUUUGACUACCCGAGUUGCCACCCCUAACAAGGCCCUCAACCCCAGCCUUGCAUGUCCGGCACAGAACGGGGAGUCCAGCAGCACCCUAAUGUGAAACUCAGGGUGCGAGAAUGGGGUGCGUGGCCGGCAAGCCUGACAUCAACGACCUGCACGCCAACAUCUUCCAGGUGGUAAAUGUGGACGACCUUGGCCACCGCUUCAGCGCCGCCAAGCUGGAGGUGACAGAAACCCACUUGGUGCUGCACCAGCGCGCCCGAGCGCCAGUCCGUUGGCCGCUCCGGUGCCUCCGUCGCUAUGGCUUCGACGCGGAGCUCUUCAGCUUCGAGGCGGGGCGGCGCUGCCCCACUGGCCCGGGCAUCUACGCCUUCAAAUGCAGGAGAGCCGAGGCUCUUUUCAACCUCUUGCAGUUGCGGAUUCAGAAUAUCACCGAAGAUGCUGCAUCGCGGGACGCCCUGCCCCCUCCUCCUCCCCCGCAGGUUGUCAGUGACGUUCAGGAAGACGCUCGCGCCCUUGGCACCCUGGUGGCGCCGGACCCCGAGAUCUGCCUGGAGCUCGUGCAGCGGCCGCAGCCGAGGGAGCCCUCAGCCCGGCGGCCGAACCCGAUGGCGGUGUCGCCGGGCGUUGGCGUGAGCAGCGGCGGCGCAGUAGGGGGGGCCCGGGGGCCUCUGCCCCACGGGUCCAGCCCGUCGCCCCCCACCCCUAUCAGCCCGCCUCCAGCAUCCUUUUACGAUGUCAACAGAAACGAAGAGCCAGGUCACGAAAUGCGGAACCCGCCUCCGUCGCCCACCGAACAAAUAAGGCAUGAGUGUGUGAACCAUACAGAUAAAACCGUAGCUUAUGAAAAGUACUGUGGAAGACCAGUUUCUUCAAAUUCAUAUCCAGAUAGACCUAUCCCUCAGGGGAGUUUUGUAAAGAACAAAAGACCAAGAUCGUAUGUGAAUAUAAAGUCGCAUGAUAUUGUAUAUGUAAAUGUAGAACCUUUAAACCAUAAUCAUGAUCACAACCGUGUGUAUGAAAACCUUGGACAGGAGAAAGAUGUACCUGCAGUGCCCCCUCGACCUUCCUUAGCACCAGGGUCAGCAGGAUCAGGGUCUUCCUAUUCUGGCACAACCACUACUACUACAGACACUGACCAGCCUUCACAGAUCAAUUACAUUUCUCUUGAUCUCGACCGUGGUUCGGACUCGUCACAGGCAGCACCUCUUAGUCCACUCGAGUCAAUGGUGUCAGGUCCUGAAUCACCGCCGAACCAUGUAGCUGAGGGUUAUGCCACCAUAGACUUUGCCAGGACAAAUGCCCUUAGCAACACAGCAAAGCAAGCAGCUAUGUGGGAAGAUGGGUCGAGAAAAACUAGACAUAACUCCACCCUCACAAGUCCUGCAACACUUACUCGGCACAAUUCAUCCUUAUCGGAUUGACGGUGAUAUAAAUACAGUCACAUAAAUUGUAACUAUAGCAGCUACACAUUUAUGAAUGAUGACUGCUUCCCAAGGAACCUGCCAAACGUAAAAUUCAAACCAUCUUAGUGAUGUGCCAAAAAAAGCUCAUUGGAGCUCUCUUGUAAUUGUAUGUAAAUACUGUGAAUGAGGAUUGUGCUUCAUUUUACUGAUAAACCUGACGAGCCCUUGGAUUCAAGGGUAUAUAAGGUAUAUAAUUUCCAUUUCCUGGUGGUGAUAAGGCAGAUAAUCAUAUUUGUGAUUCCUCCCACCCUUACCCCCAAAUACUUACAACAGUUAGUUGAGACUGUUUUGCUACCAAAGUGCCCCUCUGGUUACUGAGGACUCGUGAAACCCUUUGUGACCUCCCUUCAGGUUACUCCCUGCCCCCCUUUGCUGCUUAGAAUUCAUUUUGAUUUUAUUUAUCAUCGUUCCAAGUUAAUCUUGCCUCCACUUUUUGACUGCUGAUGAUUUUAGAGGACUGCUGUCUCAUAAGUCCUUAAAACUUUUGGCUAUGGAGAACACUAGCAGCCUUUGUGAUUCACUUUUCAACUUGAUCAUCAUAUCCUUUUGUAUGUUCUGAACCUAGUGUAACCCCAGUGUGACUCAUGUUCAGGUUGCCAAAGACACCACUGAACCCAUGUUACUUGGCAUUCAGGUAAAUACUCUUCUGUCUUUUGAGGAUGUGUAUAUGGUCCCUUGUGAAUACCUUCAGCUCAACCAUGCUCCUUUGGUAUAUUAGAACAGACUUAUGAGUAAAAAUGUGUCUUUUGUGGACACUGGGAAACAGUGUGACCUCUUGUAAACCUUUGCCUCCAGGCAUUUGCCACCAACAUCAAUUUCUUGACUCAAAUAUGGGCUCAAUGUAACUUUUUUAGGAUAUCAGUGUUGAUAAACUUGUAGUUAAUGGAGACAAAAUAUUUCACAAUACAAAACUUUUAUUAGAAAUAGCUUGCAAAUGUUUUAUAUUUCUUGGGUAAAGGUGCCAAAUAGCCUAUAGUCAACACUGUAGGUGUGAUUCAUGAUAUCAGGUAAACAAUUUCUCAUUAACAAAAAUUACGCAGUGGAAACGGGAGGUUUUAAAAUAGUUAAGGAUACAAAUAAUGAUUGAAAAAUAAUAUUCCUAGACGAAUAUUGUAAUAUUAACUGUAUUUCAAAGCAGUAAUGCUUAUAUCAAUAUAGGAGCCACAUGCCAUUGAUGUUAUGCAUGAAUUAGCAUCUUGUUGUCUGUUAAUGAACUGUUAGCAGCAUACUGAAUACGUGAACAAAAAUGGUACUGGUAAAUACUGUAUAUUAAAUCUAGAUUAGUAAAGAACCAUGGUAUGUCAUAUUGUAACAAUGUCAUUGUAAAUAGAAUAUUUUAUCUCUUAUGAUUACCUAAUGCUUUAAAUGCAAUAUAUGAUAAAUUGGUUCCUCCUCUUCGCUGCUGUUAUUGAGUUUCUUUCUUAUUUAUUCAGAUAAUACAAGUCAUAUUUCUUUCUCCAUUCCCUCUCCCUCUCCCUCCCUCUCUCUCUCUCUCUCUCUCUCUCUCUCUCUCUCUCUCUCUCU